CUUCCCCUUCUAAAUCUUGCAGUGAGGUGUGGAGGAGGAAGGAGGAUCUCAAAGCCAUUAUCUCUUUUUCUGGUUGUUCUGACACACUGCUGCUGCUAUGCCGUGCUAGAGAGGGUGGCAGAACUUGAGUGUAACCCCCCUCCUCACAUCCCUCCAGGCAAAGGCAGUGCAGUGACCGCCAUUGCCCAGGACUGAGCUCACAAACCGUUCAGUGCUUUUAGCAUCCCAAAAAGAAAGGAUGAUGCUACCUGGACGGAUGCUGGAAGAGCUAAUUCCCCAUGUGACCUGUGAGGGACCUUUCAGACCUCCACCCUGACAGCAUCUCAAGCAACCUGUGUCUGACAUCCUGUCACAUGCUGAUGCUGGGAAAUGAAGAAACGGGUUGCCCCCAGGACAGCAGAGCAGUGGGAGAUAGCUGAACGGCCUCUUUGUAGUUCAUCUGUGUCAAUGUACUCAAGAAACAGAUGUCUCCAUCCACAUGAACUAACAGCAGCUAUGCAAGUUAAAACCACUAUCUUCUACGUUUGCGCAUUUUUUCACAUGGGUCAGCCAGAAACUGCUACAAAAGGGUUGUAAUAUGGAAAGACAAGUAACAUACUCCAAUCUGUGCAGACUUCCUAGCAUGAUGCAUUGUACUGGAGUGGCAGGAUGUUCCUUGUUUUCAGGUUAUUUUGGAGGGGCUUUUCAGCACUAGGGCCUGCAUCCCUGCAUGGAUAGAGCAGGCCCCUUUGCAGGCAGGCAGCAAGACCCCAAACCCUCCCACUGACCUCCUGGCAACGCCGGCCGGAGAAACGCAGCUUCCCCUUGGCCAGGGCUGCCAGUGCACCAGAGCCCUGUAUGCAGAUCAGCCUUGUGCCUGUGGCUCUUCAUACUGAGCAUGGUGGAUUUGAGCUCCUCGUCCUGGGGAGCUGUGGCUCCCCACGCUGUGCCCAGCACCCACGGCUGAGCCGGGAACAUGAGCCCUCUGGGGGUAAAUAAAUCCCCAAAGAUGCGGGCUUUGAAAGCAUCAAUCCGGCUCACAGUUCAACCCUCCACCUCCUGAACGGUGGCUGCAUCUGACUGCGGCGUGGACGUCUGCUGGCUUUUGCUCCCAUGGACUGAGCCUGAGCCACCUCCAGCCCUCCUUGUGCCAGCGGGACGCCAUCAGGACAUGGGCUGUGGCCCAGCACCCCGACGCCUCUAGCUCUGAGCACCUCGGCCCUGCCAUGCUGACGAUAAAGCUGCCGCAGAUCUUCAGGGUCCAUCAGGUGCCUCGGAUCUUCUGGGAGGAUGGGAUCAUGUCAGGGUACCGGCACCCCAAGAGCUCAGCCCUUGACUGCGUCCUCAGCUCCUUCCAGAUGACUAACGAGACAGUCAACAUCUGGACACACUUCCUACCGACCUGGUAUUUUGUGUGGCGCUUCCUGGUGCUCUCAUCCUCCCUGGACUUCUGCCAGGAGCCCUACCACUGGCCCCUGCUCAUCUACCUGCUGCUUGUCUGCCUCUACCCCUUUGCCUCCAGCUGCGCCCACACCUUCAGCUCCAUGUCGGCGCGUGCGCGCCAUAUCUGCUACUUCUGUGACUAUGGAGCCCUCAGCCUCUACAGCCUGGGCUGUGCAUUUGCCUAUGGUGCCUACACGAUGCCAGACCACUGGGUUAGUGGCGUUUUGCACCAUUACUUUGUCCCCGUGGCUGCUUUUAACUCCUUUGUCUGCACCAGCCUCUCUUGCUACUCCCGCUUCCCUGAGCUGGAGCAUCCCCGGCUGAGCAAGGUGCUACGGACGGCAGCUUUCGUGUACCCGUUCCUCUACGACAACAUCCCGCUUUUCUGCCGGCUUCUCUUCUGCUUCUGGAGUAACUGCGCCUGGAAUGAGGCUAUGGCCGGGUACUGCUACCACCUCCUCUUUGCACUGCUCACCGGCUUCCUCUUCGCAUCCCACCUGCCUGAGCGCCUGGCACCCGGCCGCUUCGACUACAUUGGACACAGCCACCAGCUCUUCCACAUCUGCGCUGUGCUGGGCACCCACUUCCAGCUGGAGGCCAUCCUCUGUGACGUGUGCUCACGUCGGGCCUGGCUGCAGGGCCGCCUGCCUGCCCCCGGCCUCCCCGGCACCUUUGGCACUGCCGGACUGGCCUUUUUGGGCAAUGCUGCCAUCAUCGGCGCCUUCACCGCUGCCUUGCCCCGGGUGCCUGGCAGCUUUGUUAGCCCCCCAAGCGUCCCCAGUGAGGCUGGGCGCUCUAGGGAGCUGUGAUGCUGUGGGGUGAGUGGCUGGGCUG